AUGGGAGAGCAUAAUCUCCUGAAUCCCGGGUUUGUGGGGCCGCUGGUGAACAUCCACACGGGAGACACCUUCUACUUCCCCAAUUUCCGCGCGUCCGGCGCUCAGCUGCCCGGGCUGCCUUCGCUGUCCUACCCGCGCCGCGACAACGUGUGCUCGCUGCCCUGGCCGUCGGCGGAGCCGUGCAAUGGCUACCCGCAGCCCUACCUCGGCAGCCCCGUGUCGCUCAACCCGCCCUUCGGCCGCACGUGCGAGCUGGCGCGCGUUGAGGACAGCAAGGGCUACUACCGCGAGCCGUGCGCCGAGGGCGGCGGCCUGAAGCGGGAGGAGCGCGGGCGCGACCCGGGCCCGGGCGUGGGACCCGGGGCCGCGCUCCUGCCGCUGGAGCCGGCUGGGCCGCCCGCGCUCGGGUUCAAGUACGACUACGCGGCCGGCGGCGGCGGCGGCGACGGCGGGGCCGGACCCCCGCACGACCCGCCCUCGUGCCAGUCCCUGGAAUCCGACUCCAGCUCGUCCCUGCUCAACGAGGGCAACAAGGGUGCCGGCGCGGGCGACCCCGGCGCCUUGGUGUCACCCCUAAACCCCGGCGGCGGGCUCGCGGCCAGCGGCACGCCCUGGUACCCGAUCCACAGCCGCUCGCGGAAGAAGCGCAAGCCCUACUCGAAGCUGCAGCUGGCGGAGCUGGAGGGCGAGUUUCUCGUGAACGAGUUCAUCACGCGGCAGCGCCGGAGGGAACUCUCAGACCGCUUGAAUCUUAGUGACCAGCAGGUCAAGAUCUGGUUUCAGAACCGGAGGAUGAAAAAGAAGAGACUUCUGUUGAGGGAGCAAGCUCUCUCUUUCUUUUAG